ACCAAAUCAUCACAACCACCCCCCUCUACCGUCGACGCCUCUUCAUAGCCCCACGCCCCCAAACCAGCAAAGAAACCUAUCACCUCAACCCCCUCCUCACAACCCUCGGUAAAAUCUCCCGAAUGCACCCAAUCCAUAAAUUCCUCAACCUCUCCGACUACCUCCCCUCACCAGACCUCACCUCCCCAGUCCUCUCCCAUCACAGCCACUACUAUGUGAUCCAAAACUUCUACAACCACGCCUCAAACCCAACCCUCCUCUUCCCUAACCAAAACCCAAAGUUCCCAACCCUCGACCUCGAACUGCGCGAACUUUCGAAACUCGAAGCCUCGCAACGAGCUCUCCAUGCCCUGUUUCCAGGACCGGAGUCUAGUGUUUGGAAAAUGUAUCUUUGUCAACCGCCGCCGACGGAAGUUCGGGUUACGGUUUGGAAGAGGGAGGCGGGCGGCGUUGCGACGGUUUGUGAGAAGGUUGUGGUGAGGGGGUGGACGGUUAGAGAGGUUUUGGAUAAUGUGGAGGAGGCUAGGAAUGAAGGGUUGAAGAAGUUUGCGAGGGUGGAGAAGGCUGGGAGUGGGAAGGGUGAGAGGAUGGCGAGGUUGAAAAGGGCGGUGCUGGGGACGUGGGAGAAUUAUGCGUGAUGGCUACUAGUUCGGAUACUAUUUGGCUAAGGAUGGGUUUCAUUUUGCAGCCUGGUUUGGAGGAAUAGCCGAUACUGCUUUUAAAGUUCAAGAAUG